UAACUCUACUUGUUCUCUUUAUUCUUCAUUAAGGACUUAUGCUGCUCAGAAACAGAUCAAGAGCUGUCACCAAACCAGGUUUGAUGGGUGAUCACAGCUCCCAGCCAAGUCCAAAUCAGAGUUACAUAAGAACCAUCCCUUCUUUGUUUUCACCCAAAUUCCGUGACUUCUCAGUCAAGUGUCUCUCGGGAGCUGAGGCUUUGAGAAGCCCCACCUCCAUUCUUGACACCAGAGCCUUAACCCCAUUUGGGAAUCCUUUGUCACAUGAGAAGAAGAUCGAAACUUUUGCCCCCCCAAGAGUACCCUCUGAAAACAGAACUUCAUGGGACUCAAAAGGCAUUGGUCUUGCUCUUGUUGGUGCACUUAAAGAUGAACCUGUUCUUCAGACCGCAGCUAAACCGUGUAGUGGAACUGUUCUCUUUGGAACUAAGCAUAGGGUCAAAAUCCCUCCACUGCCACUCCCUCCUUCAUCUUCUGAAUCAACUAAAACAUGUGCUGUUGCUGGUUUUGCUGCCAAAACCAAGGAUUCGCAAAAGCAAAUAAAGGAUUCUCCGUUAUCGGUUGCAACGGGUGUUAUGAGUUUGAGUGAGAUGGAACUUUUUGAAGAGUACACGUGUGUGAUAUCUCAUGGACCUAAUCCUAGAACAACACAUAUAUUCGACAAUUGUAUCGUGGAAAGUUACUGUUCCCUCCCCAAUAACACUCUCUCACCUUCACUCAAUUUUCUUAGCAUUUGUCACACUUGCAAGAAGCAUCUCCAGCAGACAAAUGACAUUUUUAUUUACAGAGGAGAGAAAGCUUUCUGCAGCAAAGAAUGUCGUCAGGAAGAGAUGGUGCUGGAUGGAGCAGAAAUUUCAGAAUUUGACGAAUACUGAUGGUCAUUUUUUGAGUUGCAUAGCACAGCCUGAAAGUGAUAGAUUAUGAUGGGAUAAGCAUCUAGUCACAGUUUUCUAUUCUUGGUUAGAAUUUCUAGAUAGCAUAUUAUAUUUACCUUUUUGAAGUGUUUUGGUUUUGUUAUUUUGGCUUCUCCUUGCAAAUAGAGAUAAGAGAGGAUGAGGAUGUAGAGUUUAUUUCAAGAAAUGAGUAGUUUUAGAUUGCUUACGGUUUUCUGCCUUUGUUUUUGGCUGAAGAUGGUGACGAUGAUGAUGAAAUAUGACUGAAAAUAUUGCAUCUUUA